UAUCAUAUCUCCUUGCUCUGGUGGGUUCUAAAUUUCUUAUACUUUGACGAUGUAACCAGGCUGCCUUCGCUAAUGGCUUUUGCUCUUGUUCCUCUUUCCUUUUCCUUACUCUUUCUGCUGCCAAGUUUUGCUCUUGCUCAAAACGGAGGUAAUCUAACUGUGGGUGCUUCUCUCACUGCAUCUGAUCAAAACUCCUCAUGGCUUUCACCUUCUGGUGAAUUUGCCUUUGGUUUUCGUCAACUGAACAACAGCGUCGAUCUCUUCUUGCUUGCUAUUUGGUAUGACCAAAUACCAGACAAAACCAUUGUUUGGUAUGCUAAUGGAGAUGACCCUGCACCCAAGAAUUCAAAAGUCGAGCUAACCGAUGGCGGGCUAGUCCUUACUGACCCACGACGAGCGGAGCUAUGGAGAUCCGUGACAACUGGCGCUGUUACUUCUGGUGCCAUGACGGAUGCUGGCAAUUUUGUGCUUCAAGAUGGUCAUUCUGUCGCUUGGGAAAGCUUCAAGAAUCCUACUGAUACAAUAUUGCCUUCACAAACCUUGGACAGGCAAGGGGUGCUUUCUUCUCGAUAUUCAGAUACCAAUUUUUCCAGGGGAAGGUUUCAGCUGAAACUUCAAGAAGAUGGUAAUCUUGUCCUUGCUACAGUAAACUUGCCCUCUGAUCAUACUAAUGAACCUUAUUAUGAAAGCGGCACUGAAGGCGAUUCAAUUUCCUCGAGUCCUGGUUACCAAUUGAUCUUCAAUUCAUCAGGAUACUUGUAUAUAUUGAGAGAAAAUCGCCAAAAAUUCACUCUCGGUGUGGAACCUCCAACUGGAAACUUCUAUCACAGAGCAACUCUCAAUUUUGAUGGAGUUUUUACUUAUUAUUAUCGCCCAAAAGCAUCAACUGGCAACGAAAGGUGGACUCCUCUUUGGAAUAAACCGAUUAAUAUUUGCCAAAACAGUAGGGUAACCGCUGGUAGUGGCGUCUGUGGGUUCAAUAGUGUCUGCACACUGGUCCAAGAUCAGAGACCGACCUGUGAAUGCCCGAGCGGAUAUUCUUUAUUUGAUCCAAAUGAUCAGUAUGGCGGUUGCAAAGCAAACUUCACACAGAGAUGUGAAGAAAGUGAGAUGGGUCCGGUGGAAGAUUUAUAUGGUUUUGAAGUGCUUCUAAAUACUGAUUGGCCAACGUCGGAUUAUGCCCUCUUGCAGCCUUUUACUGAAGAUGGCUGUAGGCAAUCCUGUUUACAGGAUUGUAUGUGCGCUGUUGCUAUUUUCAGAUCAGGCGAUAUGUGUUGGAAGAAGAAGCUGCCACUCUCAAAUGGAAGGGUAGAUCCCAAUCUUGACGGAAAGGCACUUAUCAAAGUUAGGAGAGGUGAUGUCCCGAGAAUUAAACCAGAAAUCUUGGAGAAAGAAAAGAAAAACAGAGACGAUCCGGUAGUAGUUGGAGCCGUACUUUUGGGUUGCUCCAUGUUCGCUAACUUGUUAUUGGUUAGUGCAAUUUGUUUGGGUUGUUUCCUCAUCCGUCAAAAGAAACUCAAAAGAAUUCCGCAGCAGGAUAGUUUUGUAGAAACAAAUUUGCGGUGUUUUGGUUUCAAAGAGCUCGAAGAAGCUACAGAUGGAUUUAAGGAAGAGCUGGGGAGAGGAGCUUUUGGCAUCGUAUAUAAAGGAGUAAUAAAUGUGGGGUGUAGCAUCCCUGUUGCAGUAAAGAGGUUAGACACUUUGACAAGAGAUGCUAUGAAGGAAUUCAGAACUGAGUUAAAUGUGAUCGGUCAGACCCAUCAUAAAAAUCUGGUUCGACUGCUGGGGUUCUGUGAUGAUGGAGAGCAUCGAUUACUAGUAUACGAGUUCCUGAGGAAUGGAACUUUAUCGAGCUUUCUUUUUGGCGACAAGAAACCCGGUUGGAUCAAAAGAAUCCAAAUUGCUUUUGGAAUUGCUAGAGGGCUACUAUACUUGCAUGAAGAAUGUAACACUCAGAUUAUCCACUGUGAUAUAAAGCCCCAGAAUAUACUUCUGGACGACUGUUACAAUGCAAGGAUUUGUGACUUCGGAUUGGCAAAGCUUUUGUCUUUGGAUCAGAGCUAUACCCUUACUGCCAUUAGGGGAACAAAGGGUGAUUUGCACGGAUUUAGGAACUUGCCCAUCACAGUGAAAGUUAUGUACAGCUUCGGUCCUGUCCUGCUAGAGAUCAUUUAGAGAAGAAGUGUGGAAAUGGAUAUCGAUUGAACCAAUACAGAGAAUGCAAUUUUAACUGACUGGGCUUAUGACUGUUAUUGUGAAGGGAGUUUAGAUACUCUGGUUGGACAAGACACCGACGCCUUGGAUGACAGAGAGAAUCUACAGAGGUUUGUGAUGGUUGCCAUCUGGUGCGUUCAAGAAGAUCCAUCUCUGCGACCGGUGAUGAAGCAAGUUAUACAAAUGCUUGAAGGAGUUGUUGAAAUUCCCAUUCCACCAUGUCCGUGCCCAUUUAGCGUAACUACUUGAAAUCUGCCACCUCUUCGUUAGCUGCCAAUAAGGUGAAGGGUGUCCUUUUCGUUCCAAGAUAAUAUGCUGUGUGUAGCAUUUAUAACUAUGCUUGUUAAUGCGUUCUAUUACUUGCAUUCUAUUAAUCUCUCUUCAAUUAGUUAAUUAUCUAGUUUUUUUUUU